AUGGGAUCCCUCCAGAUUCUCUGCAUCCUAUCUGGCUCGUGGUUCUUUCUCGUCACAUUUCUCGUCCUAGGCAUGUGUCAACAGAAAUAUAUGAGACGGGCCAGUUCCCGUUUCAGCAAUGGCAGCGGCGGCUUGGGUGCCCAACCGAGAGAUCUCACGCCAACGUCGUCAACGGCGUCAAUAGCUGCCGCCGCAGCCGCAGCCAGCAAGUCUAGAGCUCCGAGAAAGGCUUAA